CAAACCAUCAUGACCACUGUUGACCUCUAUGCUGGUCUUCCAUCCAACAAAGGCCCCGAAAAGCUCAAAUUUACCGCUGCCGAUCCAUUUACACCGACCUACAUCCAGCAGGUCGUCACGAAGAACUCCAAUCCGCAAGAAAUCUAUCAUACGCGUGUCCAUGGCCGAGUUUUUCUCCUCGAGAACACCAAACAGAACAACAGCCAUCAGGAAAUGCUAGCAAAGAAACAGGCGGCCAAGGAGGCGAAAGAGCGUCGGAGACUAGGAGUAUCUGGAAAGCGACAUGGAACAGCGCGUGCGAUGGGCCUAUGGAGUUUUGACCACAGUCAAGCAAAAUUCGCGCUCUUUCUACCACUGCAUCAAUUGUGGCUAGGAUAUAUGUCUGAGCUUCUCAAUCUAGCCCAACCGGGCUCUGGUCCGCCCCGCCUUCCCUCUGCUGCUGCUAUCCAUCCAAGACUCGUUAAAGCAGACUUUCAUGGCUCGAUAAUGACAGUGCAUCAAUCCAAGAACACUUCGGUCCUCGGUGUGUCCGGUAUAGUCAUCCACGAAACAGAGGGGACCUUUAAAAUCGUGACCAAGGACGACAAGCUUAAAAUUAUACCGAAACGCAACACAAUCUUCACAUUUGCCGUUCCUGUCUAUUCGACUCUACCCGCCUCGUUCAACGCCAACACGGCGUUGCCAUUGCCGGAUGUGGAGGACUCCCGGACAGUGCUUGACGGGCCGCAUGCGCAACUGGAGCUAUACGGGAACCAGUUCUGUUUCCGUGGUCAACUGGGCCUACACAUACCAACGGUAUUCAUACAAAUUGACUCCUUGGAAUCGAUCGCAAAGGUCCUUGUCGUAACACCAUCCAGAAUCUUUCGGAUUGAAAACACUGGUCGGCUGAUGGACAAGGGUGAAAGGUGGGGCCGAAAGGCACAGGCUCGGGGAGCUCGACAGGGCUAUUCGAGCAAAGCGGAGGUCAACUUCAAGUGCAAACGAUGA